AAAGGUCAAUCGUUUUUUGUAAUCUUUGUAAAAAUUGAUACUAAAUUCAAUAUCCUUGGGAUCCGCAAUCCGGAUAUGGCUCCCGUUAAACUUUACUACUACUUUCGUUCGCCGCCAUCGCGUGCCGUCUUGUUGUUAAUUCAUUAUUUAGAAAUCGAAUUUGAAAAAAUCGACAUUGAUUUAUUUGCGGGAGAACAUCUCGAGGAAUCUUUUUUGAAAGUGAAUCCAAAGCAUCAGGUGCCAGUUUUGGAUGACAAUGGAUUCAUUUUGACAGAGUCGAAAGCGAUUUUGUGCUAUUUGGCGAACUCGAGAAUUAGCGGAAGUACUUUGUAUCCCUUGAAUCCGAAGAAAAGAGCGCUAAUUGAUGAGCAAUUGAAUUACGAUUCGGGAACUUUAUUUCAACGAUUGAUUGCUGCAAUGCAAGAUGUUGUUUUUGGAGAAGCAACUGAAGUACCAGAAAACGCUAAAACGAAGAUUUUUGACUCUUUGAAUUAUUUAAACGAUCUUUUAUCGAAAAGAAAUUUUGUAGCAGGAGAUGAUCUCAGUAUUGCUGAUUUUGCCGUUAUUGCUACAAUUUCUGCUCUUUUUUUCAUGGGAGUAAAUAUCGAAGAUUACCCCGAAAUUCAACGUUGGUACGAACAAUGCAAGGAAUUGCCCGGUUUUGAUGAAAAUGAAGACGGCGCAAAGGCUUUAGCUGAUGUCAUUAACGAAAAAGUCGAAGGAGAUACAGCUUUUUAAAACAUUUCACGCUGAUUGUAGUUAAUUUUUAUUCAAGAUUUGCUCAAAUAAAGUCCAUUUCAAGCGACA